AAACCGAUGACGCUUACGACAAGCUAUUUAAUUUUGCCAUGCGCGUUCGUGUAUAGGAGAACAGAGGGAUGAGGGAGUAGUCACUGAUCCAGUGAAAUACUGUAAUCUCUUGUUCGCGCGCUCUGCCCCUGCUUCUGAAAAGGCAUCAACAUCUGUUCUUGUAAUCAGGUAUCCAGGUUUCUUUUUGCAGCGUUGGCGGGUGCCAACAGUGGUAGGUAGGGGCAAUUCUGCUACCUAACCCUUCUCCCGAGCGGGCGCUACCAUCCCAAUGAUACGAAUGGGGGGAGUUAAAACGGAGGCCCAAGCGGCAAGCGAGUGUUCCGACUUCUGACUCCUCUCCCGCCGUCUGCUUACCAACCUCGCUCAGGACUCAGGAGAGGAGCCGCUCCCCGCCCCGCCGAGGAUCUGCCGGAAUGGCCGCUGAAGCUGCAUCUUCGUCGCCUCCGGCCGCCAUCACCUGCCGAGCGGCGGUGGCGUGGGGGCCGGGGCAGCCGCUGGUGAUGGAGGAGGUGGAGGUGGCCCCGCCGGGGCCCCUGGAGAUCCGCGUCAAGGUCGUCUCCACCUCCGUCUGCCGCAGCGACGUCACCGCGUGGCAGUCCAAGGUACGCAGCUUCUUUUUGUUGCUCUUUGCUGGUGGACUGAAAUGUCAGGCGCAACCUGAUCUGUUCCCCAGAAUCUUCGGCCACGAGGCAUCCGGAGUGGUAGAGAGUGUGGGCGAAGGGGUGACCGAGUUCCAAGUGGGAGAUCACGUGCUGACUGUCUUCAUCGGGGAAUGCAAGAGCUGCAAGCACUGCAUCUCAGGGAAGAGUAACAUGUGCCAGAAGCUCGGUCUGGAGAGGAAGGGCGUCAUGCACAGCGAUCAGAAGACCCGCUUCUCUGUCAAGGGGAAACCUGUGUACCGUUACUGUGCAGUGUCAAGCUUCAGCGAGUACACGGUUGUUCAUUCAGGAUGUGCUGUGAAGGUGGGCCUGACAGUGCCAAUGGACAGGGUGUGCCUGCUUAGCUGUGGUGUGUCUGCAGGACUUGGCGCUGCUUGGAAUGUUGCAGAUGUAUCUGAGGGCUCAAGCGUAGUUAUAUUCGGUCUUGGAACUGUAGGACUUUCAGUUGCUCAAGCUGCAAAGCUUCGGGGGGCAUCCAAGAUCAUAGGAGUCGAUACUAAUCCUGAAAAGCAGGAAAAGGGGAAAGUUUUUGGCGUCACGGAUUUUAUUAACCCCAAUGAAAUGAGCGAGCCUGUUCAGCAGGUAAUCAAAAGGAUGACUGAUGGAGGGGCAGAUUACUCCUUUGAAUGUGUAGGUGAUACCGGAGUAGUUUCCACUGCGCUUCAAUCAUGUUCUGGCGGUUGGGGAGUAACUGUAACUCUUGGUGUACCAAAAGCACAACCAGAGGUGUCUGCUCAUUAUGCAUUUCUUCUCUCUGGAAGGACACUGAAGGGAUCUUUGUUUGGAGGAUGGAGACCUAAAUCUGACCUACCUUCAUUGGUGGAUAAGUAUGCAGACAAGGAAAUCCAAGUUGAUGGCCUAGUCACGCAUGAUAUACCAUUUGGUGACAUCAACCGUGCACUCGAACUGAUGCUAGAGAACAAGUGCCUGCGGUGUGUGAUUCACAUGUCACAGUGACAGCCUGACAAGGUUGAACAACUGCUACAUAUCUGCUAUUUUCCUUUUGAUCACCUUUGUGGCUCAAUUAUCCACCACAGCAACAUCAGAACUCACUCUUUUUGGCCUUUUUUUGGUUAUCGUAAAGUUUGGUGUUGUAAAUCCAAGUACAGCACUCUCCAGAGAAUCACGAUCUUCAUUCUCAGAAAUUGUCACGUAACCUGUCUUACUGAGAUGGAACCUGUAAUAGCUGUAAUGUUUUCAUGUAACAUGUAUAGGCCAUCAAGCCACUAUUGUUCCUCUGUUUGAGCUUGUUUUGAUGAUUUGAGAUUUGAAGGAUCCUUAAAUCUGUAACAUUGUGUUAGAUUGAAUGUUAAUGAAAUCGAAGAGAAAUUAAUUGCUGAUA